AUGUAUAAUAAUAACAAAGACAUGGAUUCAAUAUCAAUUCCAAGACCAAUUAUAAACUUUUAUGGAGCACCUUCUCCCAAUGUUGUAAAGGUUCACCUUAUGUUUAAGGAGUUGGGAAUUCCAUUCUCCUAUCACGAACUCAAUAUACGAAGAGGAGAACAGUACUCGCCAGACUUUGUCAGAAUCAAUCCAAAUGGAAAACUACCUGCCAUCGUCGACUAUGAUGUUCCAGGUGAUGAACCCAUCUCUGUAUUCGAAUCAGGCAACAUCCUCCUAUACCUCUCAACAAAGUACAAACGAUUCAUGCCCAGUCCUUCAGAUGAUCCAAGAGGUCACACAGAGGUAUUGAACUGGUUAUUCUGGCAAAUGUCCAACUUGGGACCAAUCUUUGGAAAUUGGUAUCACUUUAAUGUUUAUGCACAGGAGAAGCAUCAGUACUCGAUCCAAAGAUUCUAUAAUGAGCUGAGAAGAUUGUUCCAUGUACUCAAUUCAACGUUGGCCACUAGAACUUAUAUUGCAUCCAAUGACGAGUACACGAUUGCUGAUAUGGCUUGCUACCCAUGGACCAGAUACAUCCACAUCACCGAUCUGAAAGAGGACGAGUUCCCUCAUCUGUUCAGAUGGUUGGCCAUGGUCAAGAGUCGUCCUGCUGUGCAGGAGUUGGAGAAGAUGGAGGAGGAUCAAAAGACCAAGCCAGCGAACCCACCCUCACCCACCGCAGCGAGCGAGGAGCGCAAGUACAUCUCGCUCUAUGGCCGCAGCAGCAGCAGCAACCAGGAGACCGCCGUUGGCGCCUCCAGG